GCCGUGCCAUUCUGCUCUCUAGCCUGCUCUACACUGGACAUUAAGUUGCAGUAAAACGAAGGCAAACGGAAGAAGAAAGUAGGCUUGGAGGUUUAGGGGUAGACAGAAGCGGAAGGAUACAUGACUUGCUGAAAAGAGAGAAAAUGCUAUGCUGGGGUUACUCGUCUUUUGGACAACCUGGGAUAGGUAGCAACCUCCAGGUCAUUGUUCCUGAACCACAGGUGUAUGGAUUCAUUCAUGACAGAAAUGUCAAGGAGGUGGCAUGUGGAGGAAACCACUCCGUGUUCCUGUUGGAAGAUGGAGAAGUGUAUACCUGUGGCUUGAACACCAAAGGCCAACUGGGGCAUGACUAUGAAGGAAGCAAGCCAGAGCAAAUUGGAGCCCUGGCUGGGCAGCACAUUGUGCACGUGGCCUGUGGAGAGUCUCACAGCGUGGCACUCAGUGACCAGGGCCAGCUCUUCUCCUGGGGUGCCGGCAGCGAUGGACAGUUGGGCCUCACCACUAUAGAAGAUGCAGUGACAGUACCAAGGUUGAUAAAGAAAUUGAACCAACAGACGAUACUGCAGGUUUCCUGUGGAAAUUGGCAUUGCCUGGCUUUGGCAGCAGAUGGCCAGUUUUUCACAUGGGGACAGAACAGCUAUGGUCAGCUGGGCUUAGGCAAAGAAUGUCCCUCCCAAGCAACUCCACAACGUGUCAAAUCUCUUGAUGGGAUCCCAUUGGCUCAGGUUGCUGCAGGUGGAGCCCACAGUUUUGCCCUCUCUCUCUCAGGAGCUGUGUUUGGCUGGGGGAAGAACAGCUCAGGACAGCUGGGACUAAGUGAUGAACGAGACCGAGAAUCCCCUUGUCAUGUGAAGUUGUUGCGGUCUCAGAAGGUUGUUUACAUCAGCUGUGGAGAGGAACACACAGCAGUUCUGACAAAGAGUGGAGGGGUGUUCACGUUCGGUGCAGGUUCCUGUGGGCAACUGGGACAUGACUCCAUGAAUGAUGAAGUGAACCCCCGAAGAGUUCUUGAGCUAAUGGGCAGUGAAGUAUCCCAGAUUGCUUGUGGCAGACAUCACACUUUAGCCUUUGUGCCUUCUUCAGGAAUGAUCUAUGCAUUUGGCUGUGGAACAAGAGGCCAGCUGGGAACAGGGCACACCUGCAAUGUUAAGUGUCCCUCUCCUGUCAAGGGUCACUGGGCAGCUCACAAUGGGCAACUCUCAGGGAAACCUGAUGCCUGUAAAUAUCACAUUGUUAAACAUAUCUUCUCUGGAGGAGACCAAACAUUUGUGCUUUGCUCCAAAUAUGAGAAUUCCUUGCCUGCUGAUGAUUUCCGGACCAUAAAUGAAACACGUUACACCUGUUUAAUAAAUGAUGAAACUAUAGAUGUCUGGAGGCAAAAGCUUUUAGAAAAGAACAGUUCUAAUUCUGUCAAUAAUGUUGUUCAGAUACUGUCCUCAGCUGCCUGCUGGAAUGGAAGUUUCUUGGAGAAGAAAAUUGAUGAACACUUUAAAACCAGUCCGAAGAUCCCAGGGAUUGAUCUGAACUCCACCAGAGUGCUCUUUGAGAAGCUUAUGAACUCUCAGCACUCCAUUCUCUUAGACCAGAUACUGAAGAGCUUUGAAAGUUUUUUGAUUCCUCAGCUGUCCAGCUCACCACCAGAUGUUGAGGCAAUGAGGAUCUAUCUGAUUCUCCCUGAAUUCCCACCUUUCCAGGACUCCAAGUAUUAUAUCACAUUAACACUUCCCCUGGCAAUGGCUAUUCUGCGCCUAGAUACCAACCCCAGCAAAGUUCUUGAUAACUGGUGGUCUCAAGUAUGCCCAAGAUACUUCCUCAGGCUAGUGGACCUCUAUAAAGGUGCAGUGGUUUACCUCCUCAGUGGAAGAAAGACACUGUUGAUUCCAGUCCUGUUCAGUAGCUAUAUUACAGCUGCUCUCAGACUUCUGGAGAAACUCCACAAGGUAAAUCAGAAGGUUAAACAUGUAGAAUAUGAUAAGUUUUAUAUCCCUGAGAUUUCCAGCUUGGUGGACAUUCAGGAGGAUUAUCUCAUGUGGUUCUUGCAUCAGGCUGGAAUGAAAGUAAGACCAUCUAUCAUGCAGGAUGCUGUGACACUUUGUUCUUAUCCUUUCAUCUUUGAUGCUCAGGCAAAGACCAAGAUGUUACAGACAGAUGCAGAGCUACAGAUGCAGGUUGCAAUAAAUGGUGCAAACUUGCAGAAUGUCUUCAUGCUUCUCACCCUGGAGCCUCUGCUGGCCAGAAGCCCUUUCCUUGUACUUCACGUUCGCAGGAGUAACUUAGUUGGUGAUGCUUUAAGGGAGUUGAGCAUCCAUUCAGACAUUGAUUUGAAAAAGCCUCUUAAAGUCAUCUUUGAUGGUGAGGAAGCUGUUGAUGCCGGAGGAGUGACAAAGGAAUUUUUCCUCUUGUUGUUAAAAGAACUCCUCAACCCUAUCUAUGGCAUGUUCACUUACUACCCAGAGUCAAACCUGCUGUGGUUUUCAGACACGUGUUUUGUAGAACACAACUGGUUUCACCUGAUUGGCAUCAUAUGUGGUCUUGCAAUAUACAACUUCACAGUGGUAGACCUUCACUUUCCCUUGGCUCUGUACAAAAAACUCUUGAAUGUGAAGCCCUGCCUGGAGGAUUUGAAGGAGCUAUCCCCUACAGAAGGAAGGAGUCUUCAGCAACUUUUAGAUUACCCUGGAGAAGAUGUAGAAGAGACAUUCUGCUUGAAUUUUACAAUCUGCAGGGAGAGCUAUGGUGUGACAGAGCAGAAGAACCUGAUUGAAGGUGGAGAUAAAAUUCUGGUGCAAAAGGACAACAGGAAAGAAUUUGUUGAAGCCUAUGUAAAUUACGUCUUCAACCUUUCCAUCCAUGAGUGGUACACAGCCUUUUCCACUGGCUUCCUGAAAGUGUGUGGUGGGAAAGUCCUGGAACUCUUCCAGCCCACAGAGCUCAGGGCCAUGAUAGUUGGAAACAGUAACUACAACUGGGAGGAACUGGAGGAGAGUGCUGUCUAUAAGGGAGACUACUCUGCAACACACCCAACAGUGAGAAUGUUUUGGGAAACCUUCCAUGCAUUUCCCUUGGAAAAGAAGAAGAAAUUUCUCUUGUUUCUGACGGGCAGCGACCGCAUUCCCAUCUACGGCAUGUCCAGCCUGCGCAUCGUCAUCCAGUCCACUGCCAGCGGGGAGCAGUACCUGCCCGUGGCACAUACCUGCUACAAUCUCCUGGACCUGCCCAAGUACAGCAGCAAGGAGAUCCUCAGCGCCCGGCUGGUGCAAGCCAUUGAUCACUACGAGGGCUUUAGCUUAGCUUGACCUACGUGGGAGAGGCACAGACACUUGGGUACGGAGGAAGAAGAUGAUGCGCUUGGCUUUAUUUUUAUAAGGGAAUGGAUCAGAACAUUUUGGGGGGAAAUAUAAUUAAUAAUAAUGAUAAUAGAUUGAGAUGAUGCAGUUUCAGCCUGAUGCUGCCAGCAUUUUGUGGGGCUUCAGCAGGGAGAGGCUACUGCUUGUACUUAUCUACUGAACGAAAUCAGUUCAGUGGACAUUUUUGUUGUUUCCUCUCCAACUUGAUAGCACUGCCCUCCCAGCAUUUCCUUGUAGUUUGCUUUUAUCACUGCCCCCCC